AUUUAUUUUUAAAAAUACAUAACAUAUUAUCUCUUUAAUAGUAUAAUAAUGGAUCAAUAUUGUUGUCCAUGGAAAAAGAUCAAUGAUAUUAAAUCCUUGGAAAUGACAUACAAAUACAUUAGGCAGAACAUGUAAAUUAUGUUAUAAAGCGAGGCGAUAUGAGUGGAACAAGGUGAAGUGAGUGUCUUUUUCAUGGUAGGCCACUAAGAUAAGCUUCCUCCUUGUUCUCAUCUACCUAACCACCAAUCACUCAUAUCUCACACAAAUCCCAUCAGAAUUUAAAGAUCUGUCUGUUGUUUUUGGAUAUUGAGUUCAUUGCUAAUCGCCUAAUCCGUAUGGCGAACUAUAAUUCUUUCGAAAUUAGACAAAAAUUAUGGUAUGACUAAUCCACAAAAUUACAUAAUGUAAAUGACAACAUAAACUCCUAGGUUACCCCACUAGCUAGUAGUACUAAUGAUAUUCCUAAAAAUAGUGAGUGGUAUCAUCAUUCAUCAUCGACCAUAAUAAUAAUAGUAUACCUAACAAACCAUUAUCUCUCUUUCUCUUUUCUCACUUUGUUUUAUUAGCUGCCGUGUAUACAUAAAAUAGCAUUGCACUACGAAACAACUAAACAAAAAAAACCAAAGAAAACACAACAAAGUGGGGGGAGCUAGAUGCAUUACCACGGCUGCUGCUGCGGACGAUGCAGAGUAUCUACGUCGCCGUUGCCGGUAAUAGUCAUGAUCACGGUGGCCCUCGUCCUCUUAGCCCUUUCCUCCGUCGUGAAAUUCGAGGUAGCCGUCUCCUCAGGAGAAGAUGUGCUGAGCUGGCUCCUUCUCGCCGUGGUUCCAUUGGCUCUGCUCUUCGCCGUUAGAUGUCUCUCUUGCCUUGAAACGUCGAGGCGAUCUACUUACUACUGUCCAUGUGGUCGCUGGAGAUGCGUUUGCUACUACUAGACGUUUGUUUGAUCGCGCGGAAACUAUGGCUUAUGGAGAGAGAAGAUCAUCGAUCUUGGACUCAUUCUCGCUCUCGCCUCUACCGUAUCCGGUUCUUUUAAUCCUAGCCGUGGCUUCGGUGUUCUUGUUGACGUCAUGGUACUUCAGCUUGGAAGAUGCAGCCGAGUCAGCGGAAGAGCAUAUGAAUCUUGCUCUUCUCUUGAUCCCUCUGUUUCUCAUAGUCUUGGUACGUUGGUUAUCUUCCAUGGAGAACCCUGACGCUAUUCUUGGGAUGUUUUCGAACAGUCAACGCGGGGCUACGACUUACGUGAGUCCCGCUGCCGGAGAUGGCGGUGGAAGCUCGCCGUGGGGAGUGGCGGCA